AUGUAUGAUAAAAGAUAUGAACCAUCACCUUCUGAGUUACGGAGUGAGGAGGCCAAACUUAUGCAAUUCGAAGAAUCGGUUGAGAAGACUAAUUUAUCGUCUGACGUAGUCGACAAAUUGGAGGGGGGUACUCACAAUCAGGACGUACUUGAAGAUGAGACAGUUGACUUAAAUAAGCGCAUGAUCAAACCGCUAGAAUCAGAAAAGUUUGAGGUUGCUACAAAUGACGUGUUCCCAGAUUCGACUAAAACGCAUCGUGCCAUUGUUCCGAUUGCUUGUCCUAAAAUGCAAUGCCACAAGGAGCUGGAUGAUAAUGAUCCUGGCAUUAAUAUUAUCAUUUAUAUUGCUACUGAUGAUAAGGCUCCACUAGGCAGUCAUCUUAUUUCAAUGCUGGAUACAAUGGUUGCUGCUCACGCAGAGACAUUUUACG